AUGGCAUCCCUCCUUCAAACACCACUCUCACCACCGAUGUCCAACGCCUCUUCACCCACGGCCUCGCCCUCAAAGCGCAGAUCGCCCUCCCUCUCCAUCGACCUCAGCAAUCUCCCACAAUUAUCCACGAUCCCCGUCCCGUCAAACACCUUGAUCAUCACCGGCCUGAACGACCCUGCCAUCUUCGGCGCCACAAACCUCGCAAGCAUAAAGCAAGCCCUCGACAGCCACGCAACAACCUAUUCCUUCUCUCCUCUGAAAUCCUUCCGUCGCAUCAUCGCCUCUUUCUACAAUGUCGACGCCGCUAUCGACAUUCGCUCAAAGCUCGACGGUGAGAACGUGCUGGGUCAACGCAUCAGAGUCUACUUUGGCACAGAAACAAACAUCACUUCGGUUGAGGAUCAACACUUGAAGGCGCCGUCGACGGGGAAACUGUUCUUUAUCUCUCCUCCUCCUUCGCCACCUCAUGGUUGGGAGUCUCGUCAUGAAGACCCUCCUAACAAGGAGGUUCACGCCGAGGAUCUCGCAGAUGCUUUACACAAGUUGUCUUCUGUGCCAGAGGACGAACAAGUGCAUGCUCAGCAUGUAGAGAAGUUUGAGGAAAAGACUGCUCCCGUUUCUGCUCCGGCUGUGCAGAGAAGCAGAGCUGAUUCGAGGACAAUUGUUUACUCUCCUGUUGAGCAAGGUCAUUCGCCUCUUCUUCCUGCCAUUGCUGUCGAGGAUACUAGCUGUGAGGCAUCGCCUGUAGAGGAGAGCUUUGGCGAGGAUGCACAGAAGCCCAUGGUUCACACCGCUCGUCCUCCUGUUGAGCUCAUGGAGGAGUAA